GGACCUCCCGUUGAUAUGUUCAAGCCUCCAGUCGCCUCUACAGCUCUACUCCCGUUGAUCUGUUCCAGCUUCCAGUCACCGGCCAUCAGCAACGCGUCACCGGCCAUCAGAUCUCUCCCCGCCGCCUAGUCGCGCCGCCCCAGUCCCCCACCACCGCACUCCACACCACCGCCCAAUGUCGUCGUCGGAGCCCGAUGCCGAGGGCGCCCUCGGCGGCGCCUCCCCAUCCGCCCGCGUGCUCGCCCGCGCCCUCGACAAGAUCAUCAAGCACUCCUCCUGGCGCAGGCACGCCGCUCUCGUCGCCGCCUCCAAGUCAGCGCUCGAUCUCCUCUCCUCCUCCCCAGCUCCUGAUGACGAGCCCGAGACCUCCUCGCCCUCCCCCGUCCCCGGCCUCCCAGCGCCCGCCGCGGAAGCCGCCCUCACCGCACUUCUCCUCGCGCUCGACCCGGCGUCCCCGAAGGUAGCCGAGCCCGCGCUCGAGUGCGUCGCCGGCCUCCUCUCCCUGCGCCUUCUCCUCGGCGACGUCGACGCGGCUGACCCCUCCCUGAUCUCGAAACUCUUCGCCGCGGUGCUCUCCUGCGUCUCGCUGGGUGGCAGCGGGGACGAAGCGCUCGAGCUGUCCGUGCUGCGCGUUCUCGUCGCUUUCGCGCGGUGCCCGGGAGUCUCCGUCAGCGGGGAGUGCCUGGGCCAGGUGGUCAAGGCGUGCUACAACGUCUACCUCGGGAGCCCCAGCGGCGGCAACCAGCUCUGUGCUAAACUAGCUCUCGCACAAGUGCUGGUCAUCGUGUUUGCGCGCGUCGAGGCUGACGCCAUGGACGUCCGCGUGCGCACUGUCUCCGCUGCCGACAUGAUGGACCUCUCUGACCGCAGCCUCAAUGACUCCAGCGUUGUACAGGCGGCACAAGUGUUCAUAAACGAGGCCAUGGAGGGGAGCGACGUGCCGGAGGAGGCACCACAUGUAGAUGAGGCGUCAGUUGAGGCGGAAGGCGCUGGGGAGGAUGGUGGAAUAAGCAAGAUAAGGGAGGAUGGCCUGGCUUUGUUCAAGAACCUAUGCAAGUUGUCAAUGAAGUUUGGUACGCCUGAUAGCCCGGAUGAUCCAAUGCUAUUGAGGGGGAAGGUGUUAUCGCUGGAGCUGGUUAGGAUGGUCAUUGACAAUGCAGGGCUAUUCUGGAAGACAAAUGAAAAGUAUCUUGAAGCAGUUAAGCAGUACCUUUGUUUAUCCUUGUUGAAGAAUAGUGCUUUGUCCGCAAUGAGUGUCUUCCAGUUAUUGUGUUCCAUAUUUAUGAGUCUAAUAUCAAGGUUUAGAUCUGGUUUGAAAGAGGAAAUUGGAAUGUUUUUUCCUAUGCUUAUCUUAAGAGUUCUUGAAAAUGUUCUCCAGCCUAGUUUUUUGCAGAAGAUGACAGUUCUAAACUUCUUGGAGAAAAUGUCUAAAGAACCUCAGGUUAUCAUUGAUAUCUUUGUGAACUUCGAUUGUGAUGUUGAUGCACCGAAUAUUUUUGAAAGGAUUGUCAAUGGACUUUUAAAGACUGCUUUAGGUGUCCCUACUGGAUCUACAACAACAUUAACUGUUGCACAAGACCAAACAUUUAGGCUUGAGUCUGUCAAGUGCCUUGCAAUUGUUGUUAAGUCGAUGAGUGCAUGGAUGGACCAACAACUGAGAAUUGGUGAAUUUUCACCAGGCAAUUCUGAAACUCUAAGUUCAGCUGAUAACCAUAAUAUUCAUAAUGGAGAAGAAUGGAGCGGAAUAGAUUAUGAACUGCAGUUUGACACUAGUAGUUCUGACAUAACCGACUCUUCCUCACUUGAGCAGCGACGUGCUUACAAGAUGGAGCUUCAGAAAGGAAUUACCUUGUUCAACAAAAAACCUUCCAAAGGUAUUGAUUUUCUCAUUCGGAGCAAGAAAAUAGGCAAUUCUCCAGAAGGUGUGGCAUCUUUCUUGAGAAGUACUGCUGGAUUGAAUGCAACAAUGAUAGGCGACUAUUUGGGUGAGAGGGAUGACUUUCCCCUCAAAGUAAUGCAUGCUUAUGUGGACGCUUUAAACUUCGAAGGCAUGGACUUUGGUCAGGCAAUUAGGUUCUUCUUGCAAGGUUUCAGGUUACCAGGAGAAGCUCAAAAAAUUGACCGGAUCAUGGAAAAGUUUGCUCAAGGCUACUGUAAAUGCAAUCCAAAUGCUUUUAUUAGUGCAGAUACAGCAUAUGUUCUUGCAUAUUCUGUGAUCUUGCUAAACACUGAUGCUCAUAAUCCAAUGGUGAAGAACAAGAUGUCUAAGGCAGAUUUUAUGCGCAACAAUCGAGGAAUAGAUGAUGGGAAGGAUUUGCCAGAAGAUUAUCUGAGUGCGCUGUAUGACCAGAUUGUCAACAAUGAAAUCAAGAUGAGUGCUGAUUCUUCAGUUGCACAAACCAAGCAAUCCAAUAGUGUAGGGAGGCUUCUAGGCUUGGACAACAUUAUCAACUUUGUCAAUUGGAGACCAGCAGAAGACAAGGCAGUAGGAGCAAAUGACUUGCUCAUUAAGCACAUACAGGAAAAAAUCAAAGCAAAACGUGGGAAAUCAGAGUCCACGUUUUAUGUUGUUGCUGAUGCAACCAUUUUAAGGUUCAUGAUGGAGUCCUGUUGGGCACCUAUGAUGGCUGCAUUCAGUGUGCUUCUUGAUCAGUGUGAUGAUAAGGCUGCUACAUCACAGUGUUUAAAGGGAUUAAGAUUUUCUGUGCACAUCACUUCUGUUAUGUGCAUGCAGACACAGAGGGAUGCUUUCUUAACGUCCAUAGCCAAAUUCACAUCUCUCCAUUCUGCCGCAGAAAUGAAGCAAAAAAGUAUUGAUUCUAUGAAGGCUAUAAUAUCUAUCGCAAUCGAAGAUGGCAAUUACUUGCAGGAAGCUUGGGAGCAUGUAUUAACAUGUUUAUCACGGUUUGAGCAUUUACAUCUGCUUGGAGAAGGGGUUCCCACUGAUGCAUCCUUUCUGACAGUUCCUCUGAUUGAGUCAGAAGAAAAAACUAAGAAGUCUACUUCUGUUCUAUCUUCUAAGAAGACUAGUGCUCUUCAGAAUCCUGCUGUGAUGGCUGCUGUUAGAGGGGGUACUUACGAUAGCACAGUGGCAAAAGGCAGUGUGUCAGCACUGGUCACUCCUGAACAGAUCAAUAAUUUCCUAUCAAGCAUUAAUUUGUUGGAUCAGAUUGGCAUUGUUGAGUUAAAUCAUAUCUUUGCCCAUAGCCAAAGAUUAAACAGUGAUGCUAUUGUUGCUUUUGUGAAGGCUCUUUGCAAGGUCUCAAUGACUGAGCUGCAGUCUCCAACAGAUCCUCGUAUCUUCUGCCUUACUAAAAUAGUAGAGAUUGCGCAUUACAAUAUGAAUCGCAUACGUCUGGUGUGGUCACGUAUUUGGAAGGUUUUGUCAGAUUUUUUUGUGUCUGUUGGGUUGUUGGAAAAUCUUUCUGUCGCUAUAUUUGUGAUGGACUCUCUGAGGCAGCUGGCCAUGAAGUUUCUUGAAAGGGAGGAACUGGCAAACUAUAACUUUCAAAAUGAGUUCCUUAGACCUUUUGUGAUCGUUAUGCAGAGGAGCAAUGCUCCAGAGGUACGAGAGCUGAUUGUUAGGUGCGUCUCACAGAUGGUUCUGAGUCGGGUUAAUAAUAUAAAGUCUGGUUGGAAGGGUGUUUUUAUGGUUUUUACUUUUGCUGCAGCUGAUGAUACAAGAAGUACUGUCCUAUUGGCAUUUGAGACGGUGGAAAAAAUUGUUCGAGAUUAUUUUCAUCACAUAACUGAAACAGAGACAACGGCAUUUACUGAUUGUGUGACUUGUCUUAUUGCAUUUACAAGUAGUCAAUUUAACAGCGAUGCCAAUCUCAAUGCUAUUGCGUUUCUGCGAUUCUGUGCUGUUAAACUUGCUGAGGAAGGAUUUUCUUGUCAAGAUAGGGCUUUUGAACAACCCAGGAAUUCAGCCAUGGUGUGUGGUGGAAAUGCCACUGUGCAAAAAGAUGGUCAUAUUUCCCUCUGGAUGCCUCUCCUUGCAGGUUUAGCUAAACUGACAAGUGAUUCAAGACUGAAUAUCAAGAAAGGUGCUGUAGGAGUACUUUUUGACAUUUUAAAGGAUCACGGACACCUGUUCUCGCUGACGUUUUGGACCGAUAUCUUUGAACAUGUUGUUUAUCCUCUAUUUAGCAAUGAAAGGUCGACACCCAGUGACCAGAUUUCAACAUCAAAUUCUGCAGAGUAUAAUUUACCUGAUCUUGAAACACAAACGUUGGCAGUGAAAUGCUUGGUGGGUUUGUUUGUUAAUUUCUUUGAUGUGAUCCGGCCAGAACUUGGUAGAACAGCAUCAAUUGUUACAUCUUUCAUCAGAAGCCCCUACAAACAUUGUGCUACCAUUGGUGUAUCUGCAAUCAUGCGUUUAGCAGAUGGGGUUGGUAACAAACUUUCCAAAGAGGAAUGGAAAGAGAUAUUGAUCUUCUUUAGAGAAUCAGUGACGCAUACCUUCAUCACGUUUUCUAAAAUUGUAAGGAUGAUGCAAGAUAUUGAUAUCCCAGAUAGAAUUGAUUCUUAUUCCGAAACCGAGCAAUAUUUGGAUCAUGAGAUGUAUGUUAACGAUGAAGAGGAAGCGAAUAUGGAGACAGCUUCUUAUGCUAUUGUCAAACUGAAGAAUCAUAUGGCUCUACUGCUCAUGGUGAUUCAGAACAUUAUCAAACUAUACGAGGAGCACAGCAAAUAUCUUCAUGCCGAGCAUAUUAGCAUUCUUUUGGAGAUGAUGUCAGCUAUUGCGAUACAUUCAAGUGAAGUGAGCUCUGAGUUAUCCUUGCAGUCGAAAUUUCAUAAAGCAUGUUCCCUUUUGGAGGUAUCUGAGCCAGCAAUUGUUCAUUUUGAGAACGAUUCCUACCAGAGUUACCUCAAACUUCUUCAAGCUCUGCAACAUGAUUAUCCAUCCUUGUCAGAAGAGAUGAACAUAGAGUCUCAAGUGCUUGAUACCUGUGAGCAAAUAUUGCAAACAUAUCUGAAGUGCGCAGGACACAAACCAUGUGAUGGGGCGUCCCAAAGAAAUCCGCCUUUACAUUGUGCAGUGCCGCUGAGCGCUUCUAAGAAAGAGGAAUUGGCUGCUAGGACUCCUCUGGUCCUUCAAGUGAUGAAAUUGUUGGGUGAUCUGGAGAGAGAUUCCUUUAGGAGAAUAUUACCCUGCUUUUUCCCAUUAUUGGCUGAUCUGAUCCGCUGUGAACAUAGCUCUGGAGAAGUUCAACAUGCACUGUACAAUAUCUUCCAAUCAGCCAUUCUCCCCAUGAUAAGGGUUUAAUAACAGAUUGUGACCCACCAAUUGUACAGUUUUUGUUACCCCACUUUGGUGUUGUAAUUCAGUUCAUUGUGGCGUCAUUCCAUUACGAGGGGUUGUAUACCUAUGAGGUUGGCACCUCAGCCCUAACUGAUUAUACCUUUGCAAUACCAUAUACAAGGUGAAAUGUAUCGGUAGUUCUAGGCGUUCUCUUACUGUGUUGUAACGCCCGAAUGUAAUUGAGCCGGUUGUGUUGUCUUGCAGGAUGACGUAUAAAAAUGCUGCAGGGUCUGUCAUUCAGCUUAAGGACUAUGGAGCAUCUUUUUAAUAUUCAUUUUACCAAUGAUGUUCAUCAUAUAUGCUGGGAUCAGGAAGAAAGACACGGAUAUGGAAUCAUAUAAGUCAGGUGACCUCGGCUUCUCAGAGCCCCAUGUUACCAUUUGCCCAUUGCCAUCCCCAGGAUCGUGUUUAUAUAUAUAGCACUAGAGCUACGAACCGUUUUGAUGUUACUACUGGCUUUGCUACGUAGAUUGUUUUUAAUUUUAUACAAAACCAUAAACUAGAGUUACAUGCCAACAAACACGAUUUUCAAUUUUGCUCGUUCUGUAGUUAUGUAUGCAGUAUUUCUUAUCCAUAGAAACAGACGAAUAGUAUGAUGAAUA